GGCGCCGGGGUUAAGCCCAGGAUCGAGGUGACUGAGGAAAACCCCGGCACAGACAGGGCAGGGCAGAGGGGGUAACAGUUACCCCCACAUCCCUGAUUUUGCCCCUCAGCCCUUAUCCUAACCCUACCUCCAGCUGCUUGACCUCCUGGGGCCAGUCGGUUUUCACCCCCUGCUCAGACCCUGGCCUCCCCCCUCCUCCAGUUUGCCCCUUUUAGCCCCUGUAAAAAGCCGUCCACAGUGUCUGGUGCCAAGUAAGGGCGGGGUGAAGCGAUGCCUCAGCAGAUGUUACUGAGCAGGCUCAGGGCACCCUACGUAGAACAUUAAGGCCGAAAGCCGUUUUUCGGCACCUGGCAGGAAAGUGACUUUGCACAAACAGCUCCUCCUCGCCCCAUCUCUGCUCCCAAGGGUCUGAGUCCCAGAGCUGCUGCUGCCCCCACUGGCACCCCCAGGCUCUGCCCCCCGAGUGCCUGCCGGAGCUGCGCCAGCUACGGUCCAGUUCCCGAGUUACAUUCAGAAAGUGGAAGGGACAGGAGGGGAGAGCACUCGGCCCAGUCAAUUCAGCUCCAAAUGUAACAACAACCAUGAUGAGUCCGGUCCCAACCCCCCGGCUUUGUGAUGCCCUGUGUGGAGCAGGGGCAGCAGCCUCGACCCAGCUACGAUGACGGGGAAGGUUCCCUUGUUCUCCCCGGGCUCCACAGUGGGCUCUGCUCUGCCUGGCUACGUCGCUCUCUGCCUCGCCCUACAGGUUCUCAGGCUGGUGUCAGCACAGUUCACAGUGAUUGGACCUGACCACCCAGUCACUGCCUCCCUAGGGGGUGAGGCCGUCCUGCCCUGCCACCUCUCCACCAGGAUGAGCGCUCAGAACAUGGAGGUGAGAUGGUUCCGAUCCCAGUUCUCUGCAGUGGUGCACCUGUACCGCGAUGGGCAGGAUCAGUAUGCAGAGCAGAUGUUGGAAUAUCGAGGAAGAACUGAGCUCUUGAGGGACGACAUCACCAAUGGGAGAGUUUCCCUGAGAAUACGCGAUAUCCAGCUCUCCGACAAGGGACAGUACACGUGCUUUUUUCAGUCCAGUGUCACUUAUGAAGAAGCUUUAUUGGAACUGCAGGUGGCAGGUUUGGGCUCUGAUCCUAACAUCUCUGUGGAGGGACAUCAGGAUGGAGGGAUCAGGGUGGUGUGUCGAUCAUCCGGAUGGUACCCAGAGCCUGAGGCUCAGUGGAGAGAUCUCCAGGGGCAGCUCUUACCAUCAGCCUCUGAAAACAUAUCCCAAGAGGCCGGUGGCCUGUUUCAGACAGAGAUUGCCAUUGUUCUAACAGAAGAGUCCAACCAGAAAGUGUCCUGCUGUAUCAGGAACCCCCAACUCAACCAGGAGAGAGAGUCAGCAAUUUCCAUAGCAGAGCUGUUUUUCCCAAGAGUCAAUCCCUGGAAGGUGGCUCUGGGUCUGAUCCUGCCUCUCCUGGCUCUUCUCAUUGUCCUGGCUGGUUACUGCUUCUGGAGGCAACACAGAGCGAAAGACAAACUCCAGGCUGAGCUCAGGUGGAGAAGCGCCCAGCUCUACGCAGUGGACGUGACUCUGGAUCCCAACACGGCUCAUCCCAACCUCAUUCUCUCUGAGGAUCAGAAAACUGUGACAUACGAUGAAAGACGACAGGAUCUGCCUGACAACCCUGAGAGAUUUAAUACUUAUCCCACUGUCCUGGGCGCAAAUGGAUUCACAGGCGGGAGGUUUUACUGGGAGGUGGAGGUGGGGGACAAAACGAAUUGGACUGUGGGGGUUUGUAGGGAAUCUGUGAUCAGGACAGGGAAGGUCAGACUCACUCCUGGGAAUGGAUACUGGACAGUGUGGCUGAGGGAUGGGGAAUACGAGGCCUGCACCUCCUCCCCCAGGACCCCCCUCUCUGUGAGGCCCCGCCGGGUGGGGAUUUUCCUGGACUAUGAGGGGGGCGAGGUCUCGUUUUACAAUGUGACUGACAGGUCCCAUCUCUUCACUUUCACUGACACCUUCUCAGGGACGCUCCACCCUUAUUUCUAUCCUGGUUACAAAGAAGAGGGUAAAAACGCAGCUCCUCUGACAAUCUGCCCUGUCCCGGCUCAGGCUGGAGGGAAUCUCUGUCCCUGACAGUGACCUUGCAGCAGAAACUGUCCCCUCCCAGUGCUGACCAGUCUCCAGGCAUGUUCCCAUGGGGCUGGUACAAAGGGUAUCACCUGCCUGUCCCCCCUGUUAUACUUAGAAAAUGAAAACCAGCAGGAUUUUAUUUAGGGGAUAAGGCAAUAUGCUGUGUUUAUUGUGACUCUAGAAAGAAUUAGAGUACGUAGUCAGUUAUAGCUAUAGCAUUUUAUUUAAUUGUAUAUUUAUUUAUAUACAUAAGUUUUGCAAGGUUGUUAUAGUUACCAGCUUUAGAGUUGCUUAUGCCAAGUCACUGGCCAGGUGGCCAGGACACGAGGAUGGAGCUGAGUCUUGUGAGAUGCGCAUUUGAUGCUUUUGGAGGGUGGUUGCAGAACCAGACUUAAAGUUUAGGGUUUGGAUUUAUAGGGAUUUGGUUUUAUACAAGUUUAUGGGGCUUGGUUUGUUAUGCUGCUCUCACCUUUGCAGUGUUGUUUUCAUGUUUGAAGUGAUAAUUAAUCAUGCAGAUGG